AGGCGGCACCUUGCGCUUGCGCGGGAGGAAACCGGAAGUCCAGGCGGAGGCGGCGGCGACUCUGCUUCCGUUCCUGGUUCUGCUCCAGUGUUUAGGUUCUCUUCGCAGCCGACCGAGAUGAAUCGAAUUUUCGGGAAAGCGAAACCCAAGGCUCCGCCACCCAGCCUGACUGACUGCAUUGGCACGGUGGACAGCAGGGCAGAAUCCAUUGACAAGAAGAUUUCUCGGCUGGAUGCUGAGCUAGUGAAGUAUAAGGAUCAGAUGAAGAAGAUGAGAGAGGGUCCUGGAAAGAAUAUGGUCAAACAGAAAGCCUUGAGGGUUCUAAAGCAAAAACGAAUGUAUGAGCAGCAGCGGGACAAUCUUGCUCAGCAGUCAUUCAACAUGGAACAAGCCAAUUACACCAUCCAGACAUUAAAGGACACCAGGACCACGGUUGAUGCUAUGAAAGUUGGAGUAAAGGAAAUGAAGAAAGCAUACAAGCAAGUGAAAGUUGACCAGAUCGAGGAUUUACAAGACCAACUUGAGGAUAUGAUGGAAGACGCAAAUGAAAUCCAAGAAGCCCUGAGUCGCAGUUACGGCACCCCAGAAUUAGAUGAAGAUGACCUAGAAGCAGAAUUGGAAGCACUGGGUGAUGAGCUCCUGGCUGAUGAAGACAGUUCUUACUUAGAUGAAGCAGCAUCUGCACCUGCAAUCCCAGAAGGGGUUCCUACAGACGCAAAGAAUAAGGAUGGAGUCCUGGUGGAUGAAUUUGGAUUGCCACAGAUUCCUGCUUCAUAGACUUCAAUCGUUCAAGUGCAUCGUGUAAAAUAAACAGUGCAUUGUGGGACUAGGAAAUACAUAUCUUUCCAAAUUUACCAUAACAGAUUUAGAUUUUUUCCUUUCUUUGGAGGAAAGCUUAACUACAUUGCUGUUUUUUUUUUUUUCCGUUAAAAACUUAUCACUUGGGAGGUGUUUGCUUCAUACUAAAUUUUUACUCCUGUUAUUUUUUGAAAGACUAACUUACUUAAAAGCCUCAGUGGUUAAGUUUUCUUAAGGCUUCUUUUCCUUCAUUACUGGUAAUUUGAAAUAAAAGGAAAGAAAUAUCCUGAAAUUCUGAUAUCACUAUAAUCUGAAAUUGAUAGGACAAAGAUGUCCUAGUGUGACAAAGAUGCCCUAUUGGACAAAGAUGUCAUAUUGUGGUUCAAAACCGAAAUCAUUAGGGCUAUUGAUAUUAUGGUUCAAAACCAUUUUCUGUCGCAGAUUAUCUUAUCUUAUAGACUGGGUAAAGUGAUAGCAUCUUUUGAUGGGUUCUGUUGUGUCUUGUGAGUAAAUCAUCACUGUGUCUAGCACUAGAAUGAAAUUUUCACUACUGUAUCAUGAGUGACUGUUUUGAUUCAUGGUUCCCUCAGUAUUACAGCCUGACUUACAACCAAUAAUGAAUAUUUCUUGAUAUUUAAUGUAUAGGACAUUUAUUUAUACUCAAUAAAUAUUUUUCAAAAGGA